CCCUUAGAGAGCACGAAUGGGAAGGAGAGCGGAUAAAAUUGCGAUUGCGAUAAAAUUAAAAGACACAUUCUAUAUAAGUCUGAUGGUAUCCAGAAUGUCUUUGAAUAAGACAAGAUCUCCAAGAGACAGGACCAGACUCAUCUGGUCAUCACUGCUGAGCUGACACCAAAUUUUGACUUAGCAUGUAUGCCAGAAUCUUGAGAGUAUACAAUCUUGUUUUGAAAUCAUAUUGUCAGAAUGGCUCUUAGUAAAACAGUUGACCCAUACGACAGAACCAGAUUCGCAAGACUGAGCUUGGUCAUCAUUGAGGAAUUGACACCACUGUUGCAAGAUAUACUUCAAAAUGAAAUCUCACCAAAUCAAAUAUUUAAUCAAGUUAAACAACAGAAGGCACAACAACAGAAGUCACUUUACCAAAGGCUUACAGCGGAACAAACAACAUUGAUUCAGAAUGCUCAAACUGAUGGGUAUAAAAAGUUCGACAUUACUCUUUUGUACACACUAUUGCGCAAUCUCAAAUGUGUAAAAGUCACAGCCCCAACACAAGGAUGGGGAACAUCACAAAUGCCAGGAAAUGGGGAGACAACUCUUGGUGAUGACAUUGAGAGAAUUCGUCUCAUAAGAAACACAGUAUAUGGACAUGUUCCUGUGGCAGAAUUGUCAGAGACAGAGUUCAAGGAACACUGGUCCAAUAUUUUAGACAUUUGCAAAAGAAUGCAGACCUUGCUUGGCAAGAACUAUGUCCAAAGGCUGAAGGAGGCUGAAGUACGUUCUAUUGACAUGGAGAUGGAAAGCACAUACCUUGAGAAAAUAAAAAAUCUCUGCACUGCUGAGAAAAGUAUGAGAGAACGUAUAGAAGAGUUAUUUCAAGACAGAGAUCACUGUGUAGAGGAAACUGUGAGGAUUGAAGCCAGGAAUCCACAAAAGAGGAAGUUUGCUGAAACAUUAACUGACACGAGCAUUUCCAUUCUGAACUGCAUGAUAAAUAGCAUCACAGAAAAAACAUCAGACUCACAAAUAGAAUUACUGUAUGAAUCAGUAGAGGAAUUCAUACGCAAUAACGAGGAAGAGAGAUCAACAUUGGCGUCUAACCCAUUUUUUGAAGAAUUGCAUCAGAAAAUAACAAGAUAUGCGAAUUUGAAAGAAAAUGCAAUGGAAAUUUUAGCAAAAUUUCUCUACUUUACUAUGAGAUUAAAGAAAAAGUAUGGUGCUGAAUUUGAGGUUUCACAGGGCAGCUUACUACUGAAGUUAACCUUUUCCUCAGAAAGAGAAUAUGACCUCUACAUGCAGGAUUUGGAGAGAGGAGAGAUUGGGAAACUAAUCCUAUCUGUAUUGCUCUACCCUCCGUUUCUGGCCAGCUUUAAUCUACAUGCUGACGAUUUGAUGAUUUAUCUGAACGAUAAGGAACUUACAACAGAUAUUAAAGAAGAGCAUCAACCCAGUAUUUUACCCUUUCAUGAACAAAGUCAUGAAAAAGAAAUAUGUGGACAACAUCCAGGCCACCAUUACAGCCUUGCCUGCCAGCAGUGUCAACUACCUGUUUGUAUACAGUGCAAAAACAGCUCUUAUCACAAGGAUCACAGCUUUAUAAACAUCAAAGAAAUGUCUCAUGCAAAGCUUCAAGAACUCAAUAAAUAUAUACGAAAUGGGCUUACCAGAAAAAGCUAUGUUGAGGCCAAAAAGGAUAAGGUAGUAUUGGACAUUAAUGGAAUUCGUUCCAGAAUGAUUUCAAAAUCCCAAGAUCUUCACAAACUCGUUAACACUGUCUUACAAAAAAAUAUUGCAAAGCUUGAGGAAUUUGAAAAUUUCAUGCAUGAACAUAGAAGAGAGGAAUGCAAGGACCUUGAUGACUAUAUAUCCAACAUGUUGAAUAGAUCAGAUGAAAUGGUAGAAUCACCAGCACAGGCACUGAUUGAAUGGCUAAGCAACCCUUUGGAAAAGUUUCCUUUGGAAAAAGCGGAAUUUGAACUUCCCAAUUUCCAUGAAAGAAAAAACAGUAUAAAUGAUGUAUAUGACCUGUUUGGAAAGUUGGAGUUUGACCUGGAGUUUAAAAAAAAACAAAGAGAAGGGGCAUCUGGGAUCAGUUCAUUCACUGACACAGAAUCCCUGUGUAUUGUGCAAUUCAAUGCUUCUUUUGCAACCUCAUUCAGUAUGCCAAGGUCGGUAAGGGUUAGUCAUGUGUUCCCAGUGUCACCAGAAAGAGCCUGGGUCAGUGAUUUCAAUGGCAAUCUUUACCUCAUGGAUACCAACGGCGAUGUACAUCAUCAGAGAAAAGGUCUUGCCAAUGGUUUGGGAAGUCAUACUGUGACAAAAGACGGUGAUUUCAUUUACAUUGAUGAAGACAAAACAGUCAAGAAAGUAUCAAAAGAUUUUACCAUGGAAACCUUGGACAUUUCAUUUCAUGUGCCAUGGAUCCCAUGUUGUGUGUAUUCUUCUCAUCAAAGGGGAGAUCUGCUGAUUGGUAUGUGGAGUAGAAAUCCCCUGGGUCAGAUAGCCAUGUUGAAGCGAUACAACCAGUAUGGAGAGAAAACGUUCCAGGUCAAAUGGACAUACAUGUACAAAGAAAACCAAGACCUGUAUGAAUAUCCUCAGUAUAUCACAGAAAAUAGCAAUGGGGAUGUCAUUGUUUCUGACUCUUCGAAAGAUGCUUUGGUAAUUACAGACCACAGCGGAAACUUUCGUUUUAACUACACAGGUCAAUCUGAACCGGGAUUUGAACCAAAUGCAAUUAGCACAGACAGUCUGUGUCGUAUUUUAGUCAUUGACCUAUUCGCUAACAAAGUGCACAUCAUUGAUCAGGAUGGUCAUUUCCUGGGAUUUCUUGCCAUAGAGAAAGAGGAUUUAUACACCUUCUCAGGUUUGAGUUUGGAUAAAAAAAACAGUCUGCUGUGGCUUGGAUCACAAUCAAGUGACACAGUGCUAGUUUACAAAAUGCAGUCUAUUGCAGGUUAACUGAGAUUGAAAUUCAUUAUCAAAAAAUCAAUGUUUGCAGAAUUCGAUGAUAAGGUGAG